UCGGCUCGAGUCUCCGGGGCUACAUGAGCUCCAAUUGCUAGACCUUAUUCUUGGCUUGGCUUCCAUAUCACAAGGCACGGGGCUACAAAGUAUAAAGAUUGAUGUCGUAGAUAGAUAGAUAACAGUUCUUUUCGACUGAAACCUCUACGGCCGUUUGCCCUUGCUUCCAACACCGCAACCGGAGGGCGGUCCUUUCACAAGAUGGAAGUACAGGAUAUCACGGCGAACGACGCCGUCGCAGCGCGACCGCUGGCACAUCGCCUUGCUGAGACCCUAAAACAUUUCUCUCAUCUCGGCUUCACUGCCUUUGGUGGACCAGGCGUCCACGUGGUGAUUUUACGUCAGCGAUUCGUCGAUCAAUUGGGUUGGAUCGAUUCGACCACCUUUGCCGAUCUCUUCAGCCUGGGUAAUGCCCUGCCAGGCCCGGGGAGCACACAACUGGCGUUCAGCAUUGCGACGGUUCGAAAUGGCGCUAUCGCAGGCCUGCUCGCCUUCUUCAUCUGGUCCUUACCUGCCAGCUGCGGCAUGGCGGGGCUCGCAGCAGGGAUCAAGGAAAUUCCCGAGACGCUCCCGCCGAUUGUUUUGGCAUUUCUGACAGGCUUGAACACAGCGGCUGUCGGCUUGAUUGCUCUGGCUGCGUAUCAGCUCUCGAGCACCGCAACUACGGAGAGAGUCACAACGCUGAUCGUCUUCCUUAGUGCGGCCUUUGGCAUUUGUUACCACGCACCUUGGAUGUAUCCGUCAAUCAUGGUGGGUGGAGGGAUGUUGACACUCGCAUGGGAUUUCCGGCGUGCUGUGCUCGACAAAUUGCUUUCAAGCCAAGCGAAGAGACGCAUGUCAAAGCGACGCGAGGGAGCUGCCCAACGGGAAGCCGUAGCCGUUGCGCAGACUGAGGCGGGAAUUCCUAUGCAAGUGCUUCCCCAGAGACCUGAGUCUGAGCAUGCACAAGGUGCAGAACGCAGUCGCUCAAACUCGCCAGAACCCAAGAAAGAGACCGUUCGCACGGAUAGAGAACUUGGUGUUCUAGAUACUGGCGCCGCCAGCCUACGUCAGCGGACAGCCGCCUCUCAACUUGCAGGAUCAUCGACAUCUGCCCUUAGACAGCCAUCAGAAACAUCAGAGCAGCGAGCACAGGAUGAACUUAGCGCGACCCAACCAGCUAUGAUGCCGCUCAUGGUGCUCUCCCCGGCGCUCUCCGCAUUCGUCUUUGCGUCUUUCGUUAUACUUCUAAUCGUGGCUCUUGCUGUGCGUGGAGCGCUACAGAAUCAUGGAGUGGAGGUCCCGCGUGCGCUCGACCUCUUUGACAAUAUGCUCGUUGCCGGGACCAUCAUUUGUGGUGGCGGACCGGUGGUGAUUCCCCUUCUCAGAGGUUAUGUAGUCGAUCCUGGCUGGGUAAGCAGUCGUGACUUUUUACUUGGAUUUGCCAUCUUGCAAGCAUUCCCGGGCCCAAACUUCGCUUUCGCGUGCUAUCUCGGUGUUCUAUCGCUUCCAUCUAAUCCGCCGCUCGGCGCCGUGCUCGGGUUCCUCGGAAUAUUCACGCCAGGCAUCAUGCUCAAGCUUUCUCUGUUGCCGCUCUACAACCGAUGGCGGCGCAACACAGUCGCCAAAUCCGUCUUGCGCGGGCUCAACGCGGCCGCCUCUGGGCUGGUCUAUACAGCCGUAUGGCAGCUCUUCCUCGUCGGAUACAUCUACACGCCGCCGCACGCUGCACCGGGCCAGGUCAAUCAGAGUGUCAGCGGCCCGCUCACCGCCGACCCGUGGUGGGCCGUCGUGGCGGCGGGCAGCUUUGUCGCGACACAGAGCUUUGGCGUUUUACCUGCGCUGAGCGUGCUGCUCGGCGGCGUCGCCGGGCUCGCAUGGUUUGGGGUUAUCAGCAAAUAGAGUUGCCAUCUUUGAUGCUAUCGUUGACAUAUGGACGUGAAAGUUAUGGUAGCAUCCAUACGGCAAAUUCAACAAUGUAUAGAGGGUUCUCCUUCUCAUUUCUAUCUGG